AGUCUAAUGUAGUCUUAUAAAUGAUGCAGAACAAAACAACGGUAAACUCAGGAUUUUAACAUUAAAUUAAUUUUGUUCUCUAAUAUUUUUGCUCCACUUUUUAUAUUUAGAAGCCGGUUUCAUAAAAUAUGCCUAUUUGCAAUACAUAUGCAAAGUUUAAAAUAUACCAAAAAUAUUUUGUUAAAUAAAAAAUUAAGAUUAAAAACAAUAAAAAUACAAUUUAUUAUAAGCAGAUUCUUAAAUUCAGUUUUUUUUAUAUUUUAAUAUAUUAAUCGCUAAAUGAAUUGCGAUGUUUGCAUUUUGGCUGAAUAAUAUUUUACAAUAGUAAAAUAUUCAUUUUUUUACUAAUUAAAAAAAACAAAAAACAACAACAUAUUUUUACGAUAGAGUAAAAAAAUGUUUUCCUAAAUCAUGAUAUGGACUAUGACAUUAUAUUAUUAUAUGUGACAUGCGAAAAACAGCUUUAAAUUGUAUGAUCAAAAAUCUGGCAAGAAAGAUUUCACCUUGGAUUUGCUUUCGUCGUUAUUACUGUCUACUAUAUAAUAUAAGUUAAAAUUGGUUCCAUUAAAAUUGAAGUGUUAGGAAAACAAAAAACGCAAGCUAAUACAGUUAAUGAGCCGGGUUAAAGAAAAUGUGGAGAGUUCGGACAUCAAGCCAGGUACUUCCAAAAAAUUGUUUUUGUUAAUAAACAAUUACAGUAGUAAAGUUAAAGUGUAAUAUUAGUAUUGGGUAUAAAGUAUAAUGGUAUAAUUAAUGAUUAAAUCAUUAUUAAAUGAUUAUAUUAUAAUCUUAAUGAAAACUUAAAAUUAUUAUAGUUUAUAGGCCUACUACUAAUAAACUGCUAUAGUAUAGUAUAGUUGAGAACUAAGUUUAAACCUUUGAACACUUGGCUUCUGGUCAUAAAAUACCCAUGCCCCUGGGCCUGGGCUACUGGGGAAAAUUCUACAAACUGACACAAAGUCAAAGUGAAAUCAAAUGAUUAUUAUAUUAAAUAAAUUUUAUUUAUUUCAAUCUGAAUUUGUCUGUUAGUAGUCCAUAACUAUAAAUCAUGAUAAGUGUUAUAAACCAUUUCACCAGGAGAAAGAAAUGGUCUAAAAUAGCUUAGGCUUAGUAAAAGGUCAUUUACAGGACCCUGAUUUUUCAUAAAAGAAUAAAAGCCUUGGCUUGGACUAGGGGUAGACGCCUUGUGUUGUUUAUUUUAUUCCCAAAGCCAAAGUACACAUCGAUAGCACUUGAAGUUGAAGUCAAUCAAUGGUCAAUCAUAAAACUACCCUGGUUUGGGUCCUUAAGAAUAGCAAUUUGUAUAUUUUCGUCACCUAAGUCUAUAAAUACAUCAGAAAACAUUACUAUAUAACAUAACAAAAACAAUGCACUCAUGGGCGCUGCCAUUACUGUGACCUUUUGCAAGUCAUGUGAUAAACCCUGAACUCAGUAUUUACAACACAUUUUAUAUACAGACUGUUGAUCUAUGGUAGGGUAUGGGAGACUGAAAUAUUUGUUUGGCGGGGUGUAGAUUUUUACGGCGCAGACCGAUAAAGCGGGAUCGCAGGGUCAAAGGGCUAAAGCAGGUAGCAUUCGCAAUAGACUGAGUAGAGUAUUGAACUGUAUUUAUUUGAGAUCAGACGUAAGGCCUAGGCCAACUGAUGUUUUAUUGUUUACUAAGUGGUUUAAAAUCAAAUUUUAAGUUAGGCAUACUGGACAGUCACCAAGGUGACUGGCCAAAAAAAAAAAAAUUAAUAAAAAAGUCCACGUCCACACUCUUAAGUCUAACUUAUUAACUCCUAAUGUCUGUAUGAUUUAUCAAAGGGAACUGAACAAAGUACAUAAUUUUUACUCCUGAAAGAUUAUUUAAGUCAAGCAGCCUUUCUUUGCUAAAAUAACUACCACCUGAAAGACUAAUGAAUCAGACAUGUUUUGUAAGAAUCAUGCAAGUGCAAGCAUAAGAUUAUAUUAAUUGGAAUUGGUUCAUAUUUUAUCAAACUAUUUUCUGGUCCAAAACUGACACCCUGUAUAAAAAGUUUGAGGAACCCUGCUCUACAUCCUCUGAAAUAUUUGUUUUAAAUUUAUUAUAAGUCGUAGUCAUGCAAUUUAUUAAAUGAUAAUGGUAUAACAUAUGAUUGAUUUAAAGCAUAGCUUUUUUAAUAAGUCAUGAUGAACUUUUGAAUGUUGAAUAAAGAAUGUUUUUGCAUAAAGUAAAACAAAAUGUAUAUUAUUGCUUUGUAUUUUAACUUUUUAUUACUCACACAGAGUCGGCAGAUUCUCAAGGCAGCAAAGCGACAAUUAGCUACAGAUCCUGCACCUUUAGUGAAGCCUAAUAACUUGCCUCCUCAACAGUCACUUCCUCCAAAAUCGUAGGCUUUUAUCAGAGUAUUAAAUAAUAGAUCUGUUGUAGCAAUAAUUUAUUUUUAAUUUUUGAAUUAUCUAAAUAUUUAUCUGCCUAAAUAUUAUUAAAUUAAGCACAAAGCUGUAAUAAUGUAAGAACUUAAGUAGUAUUAAUCCAUUUAUGAGCUUUAUCAGUCUAGUAAAUAAUGUUUUAGUUUUGGUUAAAAUAAUCUUUCCUUUUACUUACAUGUUAACCAGUGGUGGGUAAUCUAUUUUCCUAAAGAAGUCAAAAUUGUGCGUAAAGAAGAGUAACAUUUUCUACUGCUAUAUAAAUAACAAGAAAUUAAAUUACUACAAAGAGUAAACCUGUUGCGUUCCUUUUUUUCAGGUUUAACCCGACUCAGUUUUACUCAUUUUAUAUUCUGCUAACCUGAUUGCAGUCUCCCCCCUUAUUACCAUAUUAAAUACACAUCAUUUAAAUAAUACUCUGUCAUCAUUUUUCAACCAAAAUGUAAUGCAAUACAUUGCUCAACAAGCUGCAGAUUUCGAGGCUAAAUUACAGAUCUCAAUGCCCAUCUUGAGAAUUUAAAGAACCAACUUGUUAUGCCCAAACUACAUUCAUCUAAUGAGAAAUGGUUGAAGAUUUUUAUUUGAUUGAAUUUUUAAAAUCAAAGUGAAACAGAUAACCGAAGAACUGAAAUGCCUAUUACUAUUAGUACUUGUUGAAAUCAGCUAAUAGUAAUUAACUUCUAAAUUCUAAUGUUUUUAUAUUUUUUAAUUUAAGGACCAUAACAUUUUUUAAAUCUUUGUUUAUCAAGAUUUUAUAGUUAGUUUUUAUAAAAACAAACAUUUUUUGUCAAAAUACUUUUGUCAGUAUUUCACUAACCAUGUGUCUAUUGGUGAAAGGGUUGCCUGAUGCUGAUCUAAAUAAAAGACAUUUAAGGAAUAUGGUUUUUACUAUAAUUGUGGUUAUAAAAAUAAUUAUAAUUCGUUAUUGUUGGAUGGAAAUAACUUCCUUAUUAUUUAUUUUUAUCUUGACUUCCAUGUUUUAUGUCACAAUACCUUUUUUUUCCACAGGGGAGGAGGGUUUAGAAUCUUUAAAUUUUUUGGAUUUGGGCUACCUGUUGCUGCUGGUAGCCUUCUGGGUUAUGCUUGGUAUGAUCAUGAUUUUCGUAAACAGCUAGAAGCCAACAUACCUUAUGCAAAAGAGUUGCUAGGAAAUAUACUACCUGAAAGCAACAUUGAACCUGUUAUAGACAGGUAUUUAAAAUUUACUUAAUUUGUUCCUAAUGUCAGUUUCAGAAGUACGUACCUUUUUUGACCAUAUAUUAAAAAAAAUAAAUCAAGAUUAAAUCUUAGUUGUGUACAUGCAAUUGAUCGGUUUAUAUAAAUUAAUAAUGUAUUAUGUUGGUAUAUAUAUAUAUAAAAUAUUAUAUGUCCAGAUGCUAAAAAGUUUUAUUUUUAUCUCUCAGAAAGGCAAAACCAGACACCUCAAAAAGUCUUGAAAAGCCCUCAAUACCCACAAUACCCACAAUACUAAAUGUAAGUUGUCUAUGUUUUUCAAAAGGAAAUUUGCUCGUAAUAAUGCAUAAUUUAAACAUGAAAAUUCUGUGAGAACAAUAUUUAUUAAAAUUUAAAUAUAAAACAUUUUUGGGUCUUUUUUCAAGAUUUAGGGGAAAACUGUAUCUGAAAGUGAUUUAUUUUAAUUAUUGUUCCUUGGUAAAAGUUCAAAUGAAGCGAGCUGAAAUGGAUAACUUAUUUUAAUAGUUUCAACUUUCCUAAAAAAAUAUUCAUCUAAAUAUUGUCAACUUUAUGUAACAAAUAGUUAAUUUUUCACAGAAUCAAGAGAAAGUUCCACAGAUUGUUCCUCAGAACACAGGUAUUUGUUUCAAUGUUUAAUUAAGUGUUCAGAAACAAUAACUUAUUAAUUUUUUACAAAAUAACACACAUUUUUUUUGAAUGAGACAAAGAUUCAAAUUAGUGGGUUGCAUCAUGAUUUAGUCAUUUUUGUGUUUUCUUCUUUUUUGUUUAUUUAUACUUAAUUAACCUCUUUUAACUCCUUUGAAGGGAUUGUUUUUGUGUACAGAAUUAUUUUAUUUGUUGGUAUUUAUAGUAAAUUAUAGCAUAACUUUCAUUAUGUUCUUACUCUUAAUUAGCUAUUAUUUAAGAAUUUUUUUCACCAUGGACACAUUGUUGAGAAAAAUAAAUGUUGCAGUUACUUUGAGGGAAUUUAAAUGCCAAUUACUAAGGCACUGUAAGUAUAAUUUUUAAAGUUUAUUUGGUAUCAGUACUGAUAUUAAUGUUAAGUGGGAAUGCAACUAUUUGACUUAACACUCUCCUACUUCACCUACUCUUGCUUCCCUUCCAAUCUAUGAAAGCUCAGGAAAAUAGCUCCAACUUAAAACCCAAUUUAUAAAAAAAAAUUAUAUUAAAUGGCAAGGGUUUUUAUAAAUAUGCUUUUACUAUUAUUUUUUUAAAUGACUCCAUUACAUGAAAUGUAAAUAUCAAGAUUAAGAGAUUGUAUUUAUGGAAUUAAAGUGGAAUAAAAAAUCUGAAGUUGAACUUGGUACUUUUUACACAAGUUCACUGCCCUCACAAUGACCACUGUUACCUUUAAAAAACCGCAGUACUUGUACUAUUUUUGGAGCCUGAUUUAGAGUUUUGUUGAAACAUUAAAAAACCUUCUGUCACUUUUUUAUAUCAAUAUCAAUAAAUUCAACAUCUGUCUUUUUAAUAGAAAGCUGCAUCCUUAUUGUAGUACCGGUAAUGCAAUUUUGUUUGUCAUAUGCAUUGAGAUGUCGGUAAUAAUGAAGGAUGUUGUGAAAUGUUUCUGAUUGAUGUGUUCCUGAGAUUGUGUAGGGUGGAAUAAAAGCAUUUUAGGCCAUGGGAAUUGCCUGGAUCCAGAGACCCUUGUGGUCCAAGGAAAGUGUUUGGGAUGUGAAAAGGUUUAAUGAGAUUGAGAGUGUGGUUUGUUUUCUGUCAGGAAUUCACUUAGACACACCUUAGUCAUCAUUAGUCAGAAGAUGGACACACUACAUUGCGGCCCUGCACAGAGCUCUUACAAAAGUGAUAUGGACCUGGAUGUUUAUUUUCCAAGACUGCUCUCAAACGUUUUUAUGGUGCCAACUUGACGCCCAGUGAGAGUAAAUACCCCUGAAGGUGGCGCCUCUGCUAGUUAAAACUAUAUUGCUUCGUACCUGGAUAAUGAAAGGAGACUAAAACUUUUGUCUAUUUCAAUAAAGAAGAAUUUUCUCUUAGGAACUAAUUAGUCAUGAUAAGGUAUUAGUUAGGAACAAAGUGUACAUCUGGUUGUGCACAAAUGGAAUAACAUAAUUAUCAUUUGAGUGGGUAUCAUAAAAAUACAACAAAACAAACUUCAUAAAGCUUUACUAGUGUUCCAUUUUUCUGAAAGCCUUGACAUUUUGGGUGUUGUGUUUAAGUUAGUCUUUAAAUAUAUUCCCAAUAUCUUCUAUUUGAGAGACACAAAAAUAAUUAGCAGAAAGCCUUUUUUGUUUCAUAUUUGAGUGUGCCUUCAUCAUUGAAUUUAUUUUCUGUUUGAUUAAUACACACCAGCCAUUUACAGUAUAGAAAUUUUUGCAAUAUUUAUUAUUUUUAACAAAUAUAACUUCUUAUGCAUUAUAAAUAUGGAUUUAAAACUCAUCGAAUACUUUCUGUUUUCAAUGAUAAACUCACUUGAUAUUAUUUGAAAUAAACUACAGGACAGAUGUCACAGUGGAUCUGGCAGUAUUGGAGUUUGUCUCAAUGAUUCUUAAUUUAAUUUGAUUUUCUUUCAGCAAAUUACUUUGGUGUUCCCUAUACUGCAGUAUGCACUACGACCACUGAAUUAGACAUAAACAGUGAUAAACCGAAGCAGCAUCCCAUACGAAAGAAAAAAUAUAAUUCAAAACUAAAUCCUGAACUUUACGCCUCUUACAUUCCCCCUUCACUUGGUAAAGCUAAGAGAGACAGUAUCACAGAACAAGACUCAAAUGAUGAAAAUAACGAAAUUAAUAAAAAAGGUAUCAUAAUUGUCAAAGCAGUAAUUCCGUUACCAUUCAUUAGUUCAUAAUAAGUUUUGACUUGCUCCCCAAUUGUAUUUGUACAUUAUGAAAUUUUGCCAUAUUAUUUUAUUUUUUGGAGUCAUUAAAAUAAAAAAAAAUCCACAUUCUUCAUUAAGUACUAUUUAGAAAAACGAUAUUCCCUUUUUUAUCAUUGAGAAAAAAAAAAAUCUUUUGGAGUCUAAAAUAACCAUUGGAGUCUUAUUAGAUUUAUAUGCAUGAAUUUCUAAUGUUUUUUAGAAUGAAAUGUACAUAGAUUUCAAAUUGUUCAUGGUAAAAGAUAUGAACAUUGAAUACCAUUAUAUUGAUUUUAGCUACUUAUAUAUUGAUAUAUAUAUUCCCUAUUGAUCCUUGUACUCUUUUUCAAAUAAUAACUUUUUUUCCUAAAUGAUGACUGAUUUGCGUGUCAUUCCAUUAUGGUUGGAUUAUUAAUAGGAGAUGAAAGUACUACAUUGGAACAGGCAAAGAAGAGCACUAUUACAUAUUUUACCAUGGAUAUAAUGUUUUUUUGAACUUGCUGAGUAACUCUUCAGUUCUUAUUUUAUUCCAAAGACUCAGUUCCCCUUUAUUAUCAAAAUUGUUGAGCUUAUCUGUUUUUAAAGGAGUUGGCAGUGACAAUGAAUCAGUUGAUAGUGACGAUGAAGAAGAAGACAAUGAUGAUAUCAGUGACAGUUUCAGAGAUAAAGUUCUUGAAAAUAAAGAAGUAACUAAUCUUGGUAUGAAAUAUUCAAGUUCAAAUGAAAUGUUUCUUAGUUUAGAAACUAAUUGAUUGAAUUAAAAUACUUAAAAAGAAAAAAAUUCACUAGUGAAGGGGUUAAAACUAGAUUCUAUAAAUUAAGAAUUUCACGCAAAACAUUCUAAUCACUUAUUUUAAAAAGAACUCCACUUUUUUAAAAUAAUUUCUUCAACAAUUAAUAAUUCUUGCCGCAUCAGUGUUAACAAUUUUCUUAAUAUCUCUAAAAAAUUAUUUUAAAAUAAAAUUAUUAUUGUUUCAUGAUUUCAAUUUAAAAAGCUCAUAACCCUUUUUAUUUGAUUGCAUUAUAAUAUUCAAUGAAAGUAGUCGUAUUAUUCCUUCACUCAGUGUAUUUUUUUAUAACUGUUUAAAAGUAAUAUUUUUUCUAAAGCUUAAUAUAUGUCAUAAAUCAAUGGUGAACUUGAAAUUGUUAAAAAUGUGUCAGUAACAAUGAAUGAAUAGUAUUUUGAAAAAUCUGUUCAUGCAUCCACACAAUAACAAUUAACAACAAUUUAAGUUGUCAUCUUGCUCAACAAAACCUUGAAGAUCAUGUUUGUUUACUUUUAUACUACCUUUUCAGUGCAAACAGAGAAACCCAAUCCCUUUGAAGAUAUGAAAGGUAUCGGCAAAUAAAAAAAAUUGUGUUCACUACGUUAAUAUGUUUUGAUUCAAGUAAAUAUAUUUUCCCUGUAUUGAAAAAUAACUGAAUUCAUUAACCAUUGUUGCUAAUUUGUUAUUAAAAUCCAUUUAUUAACACAUCUAUUAACAAUAUUUCCGCAUUUAAUUAUUGCACAGUUUUUUGUGUGUGUUAGAUAUUUUAAAAAAAUGUAAUAAUUCUUCAGAUCCAGAAAAAGAACUAACAGAAGAAAUUAUUCAAAGUAGAAGCAAUCCCCUCCAAGAGUUUACUGGUAAACUCAUGCAUUUAAAUGUGUUUUAAAAAAUUGGUGUUAUAAUUACAUUGAAUCCCUUAAACAUGUUCUUAAAUUUGCUUUUUUUUCUAAUCAAUGCCUCAUGAACCAAAUACUAAUAUUUAGAUUAUCUGCAGGGGUAAUUCCGGUUCAGAAUCAGGCCUAUCAGACUCUUCAAGUACAGCGAGUUGAAGAUUUGUUAAGUGAAAAUGAUCCAGGUCUCCCAUUUGAAUGUUCCUGUUACAUUUUCUGAGUUAUUUUUUGUUUGUUGCUAUAUUUUAUGUUGUUUGUAUUUCUUGACCACACUUUUGCAAAUUUCUUCUGUUCCUAUUGAAAUGAUUAUUCAAAUUUUAAAAAUUACAUCAAAGCUAUUUUUAAUGCCAAUUAUACUACAUGUAUUGAUCUCUUUUAUGUCAUUUUUGUAUAUCUUAUCAUAUGCUCCAAUAAAGUACAGAUUUCUCAAGCCCAUCAUUCAACAUUUAAAAGAAAAGACUAAUUUAUUGUCUAUUUUAAAAAGAAAUUACUUGAAUUAAAUAAUUGUUUACUGGUUAAUCUUUAUUUCAUUAGAUGCUCCCAAUACUGAAGGAAAUCUAGGAACUGCUCUUGCAAAAGACAUGAUAAAGAAAGAAGGUAGAGAGGAAUUGUUGCAGCUUUUGCUAUACUGAUAAUUAAAAUUUUACUGAAAAAUAGCUUUUGUUUUGUCAUGCUCUUGAAUAUUUUACCUAUUCAUAUCAGGAAGAAUAGACACUAUUCAUUUUUUUUUACUUUUUCGUCUGGAUAUUUCAGAAAAGAUAGAUGGCAAGAUUGAUCCAAGGGUCAUAGAUUCACAUAUCAGGAAGAGAGAAGAUGAUGAAAAAGCAGACAAUGCAGGUAACACAACAAAAUAAAUAACAAUUUGAAAGUAUUAUAACACAUCAUUUUAAGUUUAUAGAAAUAGUAAUUGAAGAGCAAAAUGAUUUUUGCAAAAAGAUUUAUAUCUUGAAAUUUUAAAUUUUCCACACAUUUUGUUCCCUUAUCAAUCCAUUGCCAAUUUUUCUUAGCCUAUGUAAUUCCGAGUGGUGUAACAAUAUCUUCAUCUCCAUCUGUCUUGGGACACUCUUUUUCAGCUGAUUCCAGAAUUCUACAAUUGUCUGUCAUUCUUUAUCUUCAUCUGGUUGCAAGGUGUUAAAGUGAUAGGUCACCUAUUUCUGUGGCCCUUGGGCCCAACUGGUAAUAUUUGAUCUUGGUUACCUUAUACUGUGGACUAUCAAUCCCCAUUUUCCAUAUUGUCAUUCUUGAAUUUGAUUUUUCUCAUUAUGACUGAUGUCGGGAUCUCCUUGAACCUGAUAAAAUCUAAGAUCUUUCUAAUCCAAUUAUGGUAAAAACCCUGGGGUCCCUUAGAGACCAAAAUCACAAAGCCCACAGAUCAUUCGUGGCUAACAAAAAGAAUACCGGCAUAAAAUUAAGAACACUUGACACCAAAUCUUACAUGUUUUUUUGUUUGCAAAGGGCUUAUAAAUUUUUUCUAUUCCCUUGUAAAUAGAAUGCCAAAUAUUAAAAUGGGUGUACUUCUAUUACUUAAUUCUUUCACACAUAUGUUUAGGAUUCUAGUUUUCCAUUAAAAGAUUAUAGGAGCUUGCAUCUGUGUACUUGAGGUUUGCGAUCAUGCAACAUUUGUCAGUUCUCCUUACUUUGUAGUUUUUUGUGUGCUUAAAAGAUAUUAAAGGGUCUUAUUCUCUACUAAUAACUUGGAUAUAUCUAUGUAACGCAUUUCUAUAUAUUAUAAAGUUUAUUUUACUUCAUAAAUUGCACAGCACUGGAGGUAGUUAUUCACAAGCUGAUGACAAGUAGUCAGAAUUUAACAGAGGAAGCAAUUCAGGCUCAGAGAGACCUAGCUGCUUCUAUUCGUAGUCACACCAAGCUACUAAAGCAAGCAAUGGAUGACUCAUCAGAUGUAAGUUGUUUGAACUUUAUUUUAAAGUUUUUGAAAUGACAUUACCGGUAUUUUAAAAGGAUGCGGCUAUUCGGACCCGGUCCGAGAAGUGAGAGUUUGGGUUUAUUAAAAAAUAUUUAAAAAUUAUUGCAGGGUUUGUAAGACGAAAUUUGGUAUCAAAGGAAAGAUAAUUGAAUGGACUAUAUGUUUGUAAACUUACUUCUUAAGUUUAACUAAAAUAAACUACCACAAAUGACAUUUAAAAAGCAUUUAGGCAAAAUUGACCCGGGUCCCUUUAGACUCAAUGCUAUUCAGAUGUCAUUUAUGGUAGUUUAUUUUAGUUAAACUGAAGAAUUAAGUUUACAAACAUAUAGUCCAUUAAAUUAUCUUUUAUUUGAUACCAAAUUUUGUCUUAUAACCUAACAAUAAUAUUAUUUUUAAAAAUUUUAAUCCCAACCUCUAACUUCUCGGACCCGGGUCCAAAUAGCCACUUCGAUUUUAAAAUCUUCAGAUUUAGAUAUUGUAGUGGAUGUUUUAUUUAAUUUAUAAUUUGUGAUAAUAUUAAUUUAUCUUCCAAGAAUGUCAGUCAAAUAUUUGUCUUUCAUCUUGUGUCAUUUACAUUUUUUCUUGUUUCAUUUUUAAUUUCUUAAUUUUGUUACAGAUAUUGCAAAAGGAUGCACAAUGGGAGGCUGUAGCUAUAUCUCACAAGGAGAGGGAACGUGCCAUGUUAAGAGCUAAUGAAUUAGCAUUGGAGUCAAAGUAAGAUUAUUAGUAUAAACAAUGGCUUCCAUUUUUUUUUCCCCGAAUACCCUUUAUAAUUUUUGUUUUAGGAAUCUGUGAAUACAAAGAGAAUAUUCUUGCUUAAAUUUAUUCGUAUCUGUACAAGAGUUUUCCAUUCAUCUUUUUCCUGUGGUUUACUUUCCAGUUGAAUCCAGUUGUAUUAAUUCUUAGUUUGUCUGCCUCUAACUCACCUCCCCAUGUUUUCUUUGGCCUUCCUCUCUUCUUUUAUCCCUGUGGGUUCCAUGUUAGGGGUUAUCUGGUGACGUUGUCUGAAGAGUGUGCCCUAUUGGUCUUUUUAUGUCCAGAAUUUUUCUAAUGCGUUAGUAGAGUCUUUACUUUCUGCAAAAUGCCGAUCUCCAAGUUUUGGCUCCAAAGAGUAGGACUGAUUUGAAAUUUGUGUUGAAAAUUCUAACUUAAGUUUGCAGAGUCAGCUCCUUUUAUUCCCAUAUUUUCUUUAACAGCACAAUUGGUUACCUAGCCUUUCCAAUUUGAACCCUGACAUCUGCUUAUGAUCCCCCAAUCAUGUUAAUGAUGCUGUCCAAGGAGAUGAAGGCCUCCACCUCUUCCCAUGCCAAGGGGAUGUAUUCUUGAGUAGUUGUUUUUAUCUUCAUGAUCUUUGUCUUACUUCUAUAAAUAUUAACUACUUCAUUAUUUUCAGACGAAGCUUAGAAAAACUAAGAGAUGUUAUAACUGAGAGCAAAACUAAUAACGUGACCAAACAGAAUCCAGCAAUCUUGCCUGCAAGCAAGAAAGUCAAUGACCUUCUGAAAGACUUGAACAGUGCUAAUACUCAGGUUAUUAUUUUUACAGUUUAUGUAAUUUAAAGGUAACAAAUAUAGUCAUUAGAAUAUUUAGGGUCACGGUUUUUAGUUUUAAUAUUAAGCUCUACUGCCAGUGUUGCACAUAAAAUUUUGUUUUUAAUGCUUUUUUUGGUUAACUUUAAACAAGAAAUUCAUUUUAAAAUUUAAAAUGUGUAUAAUUCUGCACUUCUAUGUUCAUGAUUCAUUCUGAGCUCAAAAUUUAAAAAAAAUAAUUAAACCUUUGCUAUAAUAAAUUUGAAAAAAACUGUUUAUGACCACUUAAUCCCUACUAAAGGUUAUUUUAAGGGCUUUUUUUUAUAUUUGCCAGGUGCGACAGGCAGAGGCCGAAGCCAAUGUCAUGCAGAAAUAUAAAGAAUUGGUUGAUAAAGGCAGAAAACAGUUUCAAAAGGAAAUUGAGAGCCUUAUGCCAGAUGUUAAAAUUGGCACUGGUAAGAUGCUCUCUGGAUUUUUAAGUUCAUUUCAUAUUGCUAAAAAUUAAAUAAAUAAAUCACAUUUCUGUUGUCUCUUAUUGUACAUCAACAUUUUUCCAUGUACACAGAAAUUAUAUUUUAGCUGACUAUAUCUGUUAGAAUGAUUACUUUUACAUUAUACUUCCUUUUUAUGACAAAUUGUAAAAAUAAAUUAUACUAGUUGAAUGAUGCUGUGUUGGAUGCUUUUGGAAAUGAAAGUUUCUAAAUAAUGAAUAAAUAAAAUAUGGUAUAAAUCAUUGAAUUUUUUUGUUUUUUUUAAUUAAAUUUGUCUAAACGUCUUUGUCUUAAUACAUAGAUAGAUCAAAGAUAAAUGUAUACAUUUUCUAACAGUCUCUAUAGCAAAAGCUAAAGAAAAAUUUAUGCCGAGGACAAUAUGUAAUUGGUUAAUAAAUGGUAGUUUUCCAUUUUUUUGUGCUAAAGAUGAGCACAAAUAAACUUUUGUCAUUUAAAUGUCCAGUUGCCAAUUCUUCAUGCUCAUCAACCAGACUUGUUUGUUAAUGAGCUUUUUUGAAAUGCUGGCAAGUGUCCACUUUAAGUUAAUCAGUUCAUACAUGUGGAACAUUAGCGGCUAGGUGUUAGGAUGUAGCAAAAUUUUCUAUCUCACAUCUAUACUUAAUCUUUUUUAUACAGGUAAAAAAUUAACUGAAGACGAAUUAAAUGCCCUUAUUGCCCAUGCACAUCGUAGAAUUGAGCAACUGCAGAGGCAAAUAGCUGAGCAGUUAGCUAUGGAGAGACAAAGACUAUCUGUAGCGCUUGAGGCCCAGCGUCAAGAGGAUUUGCAUAUUACUGAUUCUGCUGUGGCCGAAGAACGCUCGCGUUUGCAGGAAGAAUUUGAUGUAGAAAAACAAAAAAUGGUAUGUUUAAGUAAACACUUAGAGGCACUUAAAAAAAAAUUGUGCAAGUGAACACUUGAAUAGGUGGUUGGAAAGAGGAAAGAAAUGUAUUUGAUUUGUUGAAGGCUAUAAAACAAUUUACAGUUUUAUAUGAGAUAAAUGGCUGAUAGGAAGUUUUAUGGCAUUUCAUGAGAUGCUCAUUUGACUUAAAUGCUAGCCCAUUCAGGAUUUCAUUGUAUAUGAUCAUAACAUGGAAAUUAUCGGUAAACAAAUAUGCUUUAGAAAUAAUAUAUUUUUCAAUAGUUUAAGGAAAACACUUUUUAAAAUUACACACCAAAAUCUGGAAAGGAUUUUAUUAUAAAAUUAGGAAUAACCCGCCAAACAAUGGUGGCGGAAAUGCUUGAACUUACCAUCUACUAAAGUUACUUGACAAAACAUGCAUUCACAUAAGGCACUUCAUAAGAAUCCCAAGUAAAGCACUAACAUCUGGGAAUUUUAUUUUGCGGGCCUAUUUGAACACAGUGUUACAGCAGUACAUACAUACCUAGAUAAUUAUUAUUUGUGAUGCAAUCUAAAAAAAUCUGAAUGGUGACUUGGCAGGAACUGGAAUUCUUGAUGAAAAUAGAAACAGAGGUACGGAAACAGCUGUCUCGCCAGGCUGCCGCCCACAGUGACCAUCUCAAGGAUGUGCUGACCAUACAACAGCAGCAACUGGGUAAAGAAUUCAACAGAGAGCUGAAUGCCAAGUUGUUAGAAGAACGGGAAAAAUUCCAGUCAGAAGUUGCAAGUUGGAUUUCAAGGCUUAAGGGUAUUGAGGCUGCUGUCGAUGGUAGGUUGUGUUAAAUGCAUACCAGCCAGCUGUUAGUAUUUACCCAUAAUCUGACAUAAUCUGCCUACCAAUAAUUAAAAAAUUAUUAGGAAUUAUUAUUUAUCAUAAAUUUUAGUUAAGAAUUUUAUAUCGUCUUAUAAGGACACAUCAAAUAAUAUUUCAGUGUAAGUCUCCUCUCUCUCUAUGUUAAAAAAAAAUCGCAUUUGAAUUCAGCGUCUUGAUAAACCAAAUCAAAUGAUACAGGUCUGGACUUGUUGGAGUACAAUAAUGAGGUUUAUUAGCUUCUGGUAAAACUAUUUAUAUCACAGAUGUUUGUUUUUUUGUUAUGAAAGUAUUUAAAAAGUAUAUUUAAGUUCCUGACUCGCUACAAUGAUUUUGAUAAAAUCAUUUUAAAAUAAAAAUAUUACUGGUAUACAUUGAUGACUAAAUAUGAACUAACAUUCACAUAUACAUGAUUUGAGAAGAAAUUAGCUAUUUUUAAGUACUAGACAUUUCUGACAGUUGACAUAUGACUACUUUUUGUUAAUAUCUCUUUAGCUCGUGCAGCUGGUGAAAAAUUGGCUCGUUCUGCUCAAAAUCUGUGGCUUGCUUGUAUAUCCUUGACUUCUGCCAUAAAUUAUGGUGAUGAAAAUAGUAGCCAAGAGCAGCAUGUGCCGCUGAGGGCAAGAGUUGAAGCUAUUUUAUCUUCAUCACAAAAGGUAUUUUAUUGUCUUGACCUAUUUAUGCAAUAACAGAGCUGUUUACUUUAUGCUUUAUGCUGUAUGCUUUUGAGAUGUCUUUUAAGAUUGUACACCAAAGCCUGUCAGUACUAUGAUUUUAAGAGACUGGGUUGAACAAAUAUAUUUACUGGUAGUUUUUCCGAUUAAAAAAAUAAUAAAAUACAUUUUGGGUUGAACCGUGGGGGAGGGAUGUGUGCGUCUAAAUAUUUAAGAAUAUAAAAGUAACGCAGACUCUUUUUCGUAAUGAUGGUGAUGUUGGUCAUAUUGUUGCUUUUUGUUUUCACAAUGAACACGCUAGUAACAGUAACAUUUGCUGUAGUCGCCCUAGUGAAACUUAAGUCACUACUCGUUUUUGUUUGCUUCAUUACUGCAUGACAUAAUUUUGUGAAAUAAAUAGUUUGUUCAGCUGAUCCACAGCAUUUGCAAAAACAGAAGAAACAUUUUUUUACAAUGCAUUCUUAACUAUUCUGCACAGCAACUUUAGAUUUCGACAUAUUUUAUAGGACCUGGGAGGGCUUUCAUAUAUAUUUUUAGAACGCACAAAAUAGCAUUUGGUUCCAACACUCCUCUUCCUUUCCCCAGUUUACAGCUUGUGGUAGUUAGACUAUAUUACGUUAAUGAGAAAUAAGUUUAAUGGCUAUUGAUGUUUAUUUAAAAAAAAAACAAAAAACAAAAGCUUUUCCCUUACAAAUAAAUCUCAAUUACUUGUUAGAUUUUGUAAAGGCUGCGACUAUUUGUACCCGGGUACCAGAAGUGACAGGUUGGGAUUAAAAAACUAUUUAAAAUAUUAUUGUUGGGUUUGUAAGACAAAAUGAGGUAUCAAACGAAAGAUAAUUGAAUCGACUAUAUGUUUGGAAACCUACUUCUUCAGUUUAAUUAAAUAAACUACCACAAAUGACAUCCGAAUAGCAUUGAGUCUAAUGGUACCCGGUUGUGAAUGGCGGCGCUGUGUGCCUGGGUCCAUUUUGACUCAAUGCUUUUUGGAUGUCAUGCCGGAAACAGGGCAUACUUCAGUAGUCAGAAAAUACUCAAAAGUAAAAACAUUACAAGAGAAACAAAGAAAACUAUUUAUAAAACUAAUCAGUAGGUGGUAAUGUACGUAAGUGAAACUUGGGACCCUAAUAAAAACGGCAGAAACCUAUUAAACACAUGGGAGAGAAAAGUCCUUGGGAAAAUAUAUGGGGCAACAAAGGAUGAAAAUGGAUGAAGAAUACAUACCAACCAUGAACUGUACAGUCUAUAUCAAGAUCCCACGAUAUUAACAGAAAUAAAAAAGGGUAGGCUACGCUGGGCAGUACACUUUGAGCGAAUGCCAAAUGACAGAGGAGUGAAGAGGGUGCAUCACCAAAACCCCAGAGGACAACGGCUCAAAGGCAGACCUACGCUUAGGUAGAUGGAUGAUAUGGAAAAAGAUCUACAACAAAUUAUGGAAAAGAAAAGCAAUAGUUAGGUCUGAGUGGAAGGAAAUAAUGAGGCAGGCCAAAGCCUACAUGGGCUAUAGUGCCACAGGGAUGGAUGGAUUUAUUUUUACCAGAGACCGACUAUGAUAAUUUGAUCUGCAAAUUCACCCAUAUAUUAUUUGAUAACUAUAGCAGAUAUAUGUCUGCAAAACUAAGUGACAGCAGAUUGCAAUAUAAACAAAUGUCAGUCAGCCACUACUUUUGGAAAUCUUUUUUUGUCAUCAGCUUAACUUGAUCCUAUGGACAUAGGAGGCUAUCUUUAUUUAAUUAUUAAGAAAAAUUAUUGAACGAUUUUGAGACGAUUUUUGUAUAGUUUUAGGAGUUUGAGGGUAACCAGGUCUGCAAUAGAAUUGUGUACAUUUAUCAGCUGCUCACCUCUAAAUUUAAUAAACUAAGCAUUUAUUUAUAUUUUGUUAUGUGUUGUACUAGUUUUGGCUAGAUUUUUAUGUUUGUUUCUGUCCUAAGUACAAAAUAGGAUAAAAUUAGUUCUUUUGAAAGAUUUUUGCGGCUAUUCCUCAAGAGAAUUUAACUAUUGAAUUAACAUGUUUUUUCAGCACCCAUUUGUUGAGACUGUGGCCAACAGCAUACCCAGAAAAGUUUUGGAUAGAGGUGUGAGUACUGAAGAUCAGCUAAAACACCGCUUUUUCAGGGUAUCCAAAAUAUGCCGCAGGUUGGGGCUCAUCAAAGAACCCAAUACCUCUCUCUAUAAAUACCUUAUUUCCUACUUGCACUCCAUGGUGGUUUUUGACAACAUAGUUGCAGUAUCAGAGUACGAUGAAAUAGAUUUAAACUCCUUGGACAAUUUUGCUAUCUUAGCUUACGCACAAUACUGGAUGGAGAGAGGAAAUAUUAAUAUUGCAUUAAGGUUCAUGAGUCAUCUAACAGGAGAACCACGCAGGGCUGCAAGUGAUUGGAUAAAUGAAGCGAAAUUGCUCCUGGAAACCAAACAAAGUGCAUAUGCACUAACAGCAUAUGCUUCAGCCUCAGGAUUAGCAAAUACAUUUUGAGAAGCAUUAUACGGUACCAUUUCAUAAUUGUAUUUUUAGAAUAGUAGAGCAUAUGUGAUAUGAAUAGUCAGCUCUAUCACCUGAACUACUGUUCUGCAGCCUUUGAUGUUUAUUAGUGUUUUUCAGGAUUCUGUCAUGUGUGUAAAUGGGAAAUGGGUUCAAUACAGUGUCGGCGAACUUUUUAAGUCAUUAUCCCAAUAUAUAUUUUUUGAUGGCGACAUUACCCUCGAUUUGUAAGGAAGAAAAAUCAUAGCUUAUUAAAUACAAAAGGUAUCUUAACUUGAAUUCAUGCAUAUGGAAAAUACAAUUAUAAAUAUAAUGAGUAAAAAAUAAAUUUCAUUUUAGAGCAUAAGCAGUAGCAUUACUGGGGUUUUGGGGGUGUGGAUUGUACCCUGGAACCCUACAGGGUUCCACCUGUUACCAUAGUAGGAUACCACCAGAGCAGAGUGACACCAGAGCAGGCCGAAUUCAGAGAAGAGGUUUGAAAAGUCUGAAUGGGAUGAUACCAACUCGAGUGACGCCACUGAGCAUAAGACACAAAAUUUGCGACUAGGCUAAAAAUGACUUAUACAACCCAAGAGGUGAGCUUAUACAACCCAAGAGGUGAGCUUAUGCUAGCUGCCAAGCCACUUGUGACCACAAGUUGGUUGUGUUUCUAAAUUACUUUGGCCAGAUGCAGUGUUGCCAGAAAAAAGUUUUUUGUAAAAAUAAAAACUCUUUAAAUUGAUUUUAUUUAUGUCUAUUGAGCCCUCAUUACCCCCAAGAUUUCCAUUUUUAUCCCAUUGGGGUAAUUUACUCCAGUUCGCCGACCACUGCUUUAAUAGAUCAUCUGAAAUUCUUUGAGAGUUGUCUGCAGAAUUAUACACAAUACUUUAUCUUUUUUUUUUUUUAUUUGUUUGGAAUACUUGUCAGUGUAAUAGAAAUAAUAGCAUGCUGUUAAGUAAUUAUCAGUUAGUUAUUCAGUUGUGAGGGCUUUUAAUUUGGUAUGUAAACUGUGUGGAGCAACUUAAGAUUUGAUUGAUAAAUUGUUUUUUGUGAUCAGUAAUAAAUGAGUUGUUAGUGACUAUAACAUAGUUGGUUUAAAUUAUUCUUCCUUCUCCUAGAUUGUUAAGACAGAAUUGGAAAAAGUUUAAUUUUAUUUACCACGUAAUUACUCAGGAUGCUUUUUUCAUUCACUAUAAAAGACAAAACACCCUUGAACAAAUCUUUUGAUAUUAUUUUUAAAAAAAUGCCAUUUACUUGAUUAAACACUGUUAAAACUUUUAGGCAAAAAUAACAGCAUGUUACAUGGCUAUAGUUAAAAUUAUGAUUUCCAUCUUGUCGAACACAACUUUUGUAAAGAAAUUUGUGUUAUGUUUCAAAUUAGCUCAGAACCCGUUUUAAUUUUAUCUCAUUUGAUUGGUGUCACUCUUCUUUCUUUAUGUUUUUGCCAAAUCUCCCUUUUAAAACUAAAUGAAUAAAGUUGUUGACAUGUAAGUCUAGCUGAAAAUUUGUUCCCACCAGUAAUAAACUACUGUGAUGUUAACUCCACUCUGUUAGUUUUGAAUGGUUAUCUGUUUCAGUGCUGAGUGAGCUUACCCUCAUAUUUACCUCAGUUGCCUCAAUGGCUAUUUCUACUUGAAGAAUUCAAACAACUUCAAAUUAUUAUAAUUGGAAUCACUUAACAUUUUCAGAUUUUUUGUUUUGUUCAUCCAUUUAUUUAUAUCAAAGUAUUUGGUAUCAAAAUACUUCCUAUUUAGUUGAUCUGGUGCUUAUAGAUUAGAAAAUAUGUAUUUAUAAAAAUAAAUGUAACUAGAAUGUACCUGCUAUAUAAAAAAGAUUAUAACUUAUAGUUUUUCUAGCCAUUGCAGUUUGCAUUUAUGUUUACUUUCUGAAAAAGCAGAGAUUUCCAAAAGUGUUAUGUGAAAAUGUUUUGCCUUUUAUACAUUUUUUAACUGUGAAAAAUAUUGUAUUGUGGAAAGUGAGAAAUCAAACUUACUAGUACAGACUCAGUCAAAGAACUUACUACUGACGUCAGGCAUCCUGGUGUGAAAUCUUUUCAUCUUUGGCAUAUUUGUUUUGUGUAUAAUGUUGCAGACCAGUGAUCUAUAACUUAUACAUGAAAACCAUGUACUGCCUUAAAAUAAAAAUUUAAAAAAAAACAACAUUGCCCUUGUACUGCAUAAUUAUUCAUGACUAAAUGAGCUCAUGCAACCUGGAGAUGUUUUACAAGCACAACAUUUUGCACCAGAAUUAACACUUAAUCUGACAACAGGUUAAUUUUAAAUACAUUUCACACAAUUAAAGACCACAAAAAAGUACAGAACAAAUUAUCAUUUUUAAACAAAACACUUUUUAAUUAAUGAAUCAUCAAAAGAAAAAAAUCCCUCCAAAGUUAACAAACAAAAAGAAAAGUUGUUUUACUAGAGUAGGGUAAAUGUAAUAUACAUAACUGAAUGGCAAGUAUGAUUUUAUAUUUAUUAUAAUUAUAAAAUCUUAAAAUAUAAGUUUUUUAACCUGCAUUGUUAAAAUAGUUAAAAGCAAUGAAAUGUAAAUUGGUCAAUUUUUAAAUAUAAGAAUUCACAAUAAUGCCAACAUUUAAUUCUUUAUGGUUAAAAAAUGCUUACUAAUAGUCUUAUCAUACUUAAAGACAGUGUACUAUAGUAAUACCAUAGUGCACUUGAAAGGAAUAAUUUGACUUAAAUUUAUUUAUCCAUUGAAUGACAUUAAGUGUUAUAUUACAUAAAUUGCAAUGCCUUGUAAUAUUUUGGAGAGACUAAAACCAUAAUGGUAAGUCUUUAAACUAAUAUGUAAGGGUGUAACUUGAAACCAAUAAAAUGGAAUUCAUUUUUUAAACAUUUGUUUUAAAAUCAUUCAUUGUUUCCUCUUAGAUAAUUCAUACACAUUCACACAAAGUAAAGUCAAAGACAUUUUACAGAUUAGUUAAACUUUUUGAUGUUAGCACACAUUUGGAAAAUAUUUGUUCUUAUAAGUAAAAUGUUACAUAAUUCAAAUAUUGCCAUUUACAUUCCAGAUAUACGCAAUCUUGUUCUACUGCGUAAUUUAUUUGCCAGAUUAGUUUUAGCUUUGACUUUUGACAUUUUUCUCUAAGUCGGUAUGCAUAAAAAAGUUUUUGGUUCCAUAAUCAUAAAAUAAAAGUAAAAUGGAGUAAAAUAAUCUUAUGGUACCAGCAGGGAUCAAUAAGGGUUAACUGUCCCUGUUGUUGUAUAAAUUUAUGUAAGCUUUAAAAGCUUUCUUUUUAAAUUAAGGGUUGAAGUACGUUCAAGAAUUUUAUUAAGUCAUUACAAAUGUGAAUGAAUGCAAGUUGACCUCUGUCAGAUGAUCCAUGUAUAUGAAGGAAUGUUUAUAUAUACAUUAUGAAAUACCGUAAUUAAUGUUACACAUAGUCUAGUUCUUAAAUCCCUUACAACUAUUUUGAGCCUUUCUAUCUUGAAUUAAUUGUAUACCAUAACAAAAAUUUCAACAGAGUUCAAUAAUUAGUAAUAUUGUACAUUUGAAAAAAGAAUACAGAGGGUACAUUAUGUUUGAAGGCUGUUUUGCCAAACUGCUAAUAAAUGUAAAAAUCUACAUAAUUCAAUUCUGUCAUCGCAGCAAG